GCCGUUGCCAUAGUAUCCAGCAAACAGACACGCUGCGAUGGCUUUUUUUGGGAUCACCGGCCUCGGCUACCAAAACCCGUUCCGGGGCUCCGCUCGGCUCGAGGGGCAGGGUGCCGGGGCUGCUGUACCUUCAGCGUGUCUCUUGGCGCCUGGCGGCGGGGACGGGCUUAGAGGCUCUGAAGGUCACGGUGGGAGCCAGCAGACAUACCGGGACAUGGUGCUUCUGGCCAGGAUCCCCAAAAGUCCGAAUGAGCUGAGCCGCGUCCCCAUCACGGAGGCCCAGCACUACGGCUGGUGGUUGUGCAAGGAGAGUGGGCAUAGUGGAGAGAUGAUUCCUGCCUGGGCACGUGUGAACCGCCAUCCUCGGAAAGACAGCGAGAUGACAAGGUUCGUCAACCGGAUGGUUUUAUCAGACCGGGACUUCCAUCUCUUCUGAGCCUGCUGGGCGGCGGACCCCCGGAGGAGCAGCAGAGGCACCUCGCCCCCCAGGUUGUACGUCAUGGCACGCCACUUGGAGACAGGCGACAGUAACAAGUGAUUUUUAUUAGAAAAGACACAAGGCCAGUAUGGUCUGAAGUUCGCCCUCCGGUCAUAAACAAGUACAAACUUUUACAAA